AUGGCCCUCAGACAGUUCACGUCUGCCACGGUGCUAAUCUUGAGUAUUUUUAUCCAGUUGUAUUGCACCACGACGACGAUUUAUGCUUUCUCGACUUCUAGUUCUAGCUUUCUUCGUCAUCACCAUCAUCAUCAUCAUUGUCACAUUGGGAUUGGCUUUCGACGAAACCAAAUACCAUGUCGAAGACAAAGAGAAUACAAAAGGUUGAAGAAACUGAAUCUUUCUCAGUCUGUUGAUAUCGAUAACGAUGAUCAUAGCAACGUGGAAAAGAAGAAUGAUAAGAAGACACUAGCCUCGAACCUCCUUGCAAAAUUUUCGCUACUGGCCCCCGUGUGGACAUCAAUGGCAGCCAUCUACGCCAUUACAAAUCCUUCCUCUGCCAAAGUAUUGGGAUCUCCCAACGUGAUGCAAAAUGCCUUGCUCACGCUUAUGUUUGCCAUGGGAAUGGCCAUUCUGCCAAAGGACGUGUCGAGGGCGAUUUCCAAUCCUCGGAUUCUAAUGACGAAUGCUAUCUUGUGCUUUGGAGUGGUUCCGCUAUUGGCAGUGGGUCUCUCUCAAGUCCUUCGGUUGGUAGCAGUGGCAACCAAUACUGGUUCUUCUCUGCUCUUCUCUCCCAGUACUCAAGUUGGAUUGCUGCUCUUGGCAUCGGUGAGCGGUGGACAAGCCUCCAAUCUGUUCACCUUGAUUGCCGGAGGAGAUGUGGCGCUGUCCGUGAUCUGUACUCUCUCCACCACUCUAUUGGGGGUCUUGGCGACACCCUUGUUGGCCAAAGUCCUAGUAGGCCAAACGGUCGACGUCAACUUGAUGGGAGUUGUAAAAUCCGUCGCAUCCCUCGUGUUGGUUCCACUAGUGGCAGGAUUGGGUCUGGGGCACUGGUGCAUACCCACUCGCGUGCAUCAACGAUUUAUUGUCCCAUGUAUGCCAGUCGUUGGAAUUUUUGCUACCUUGAUAUUGGUGGCGGGGGGAGCUUCAAGUUUGUCAUGGAAGACGACGAAUCCAUCGUUAAUCAUUGCCACGGCACUUCCCUCUACCCUACUAUGCCUUGUGAGCGGCGUCGUUGCCUUGCAAUGGAUCAAUUUUCAGAAUCGUCGAGGCAAGUCACAAAGUAAUAAGAAGAAUAAGAAGAAUAAUGAUGAUGAUGAUCCAAGAAUCACGGAAGCUGCCAAACGGGCCUUGGUGGUAGAAACCUUGUCCAAGUCUCCCACCUUGGCCUACUUUUUGGCUUCCAGACAUUUUGGAACGGAAGCGGCGGCGGUCCCAGCGGCUGCCAUGGUGACCUUGGCAGUGCUCGGAGCUUUGAUAGCGUCGCUUUGGUCGGCACUAUCGCCGCCGCCAUUUGUUGCGGAUGAUGACACGAUGCUGGUGGAAGGAUGA